UUAGAUUUGUAGCCGCGUGCAUAGUUUGGGAAUAAUUCAUCUCUGAUAUUAUUUUUUUUGGCGAUUUAUGGCGUUUCGACUCAGCAACUGAUUUUCUAGGGCAUGCUUUGUUCGUUUUCUUUCGUCCUCGUGCUUUGGUUGGGGGAUGGUUUUUGCUGGUCUGCUGAAGGCAUGUACAAAAAUCAACUACAAGAAUUAGCACAGAGAAGCUGCUUCAACUUUCCGUCUUAUUCAUGUAUUCGAGAGGGACCAGAUCACGCUCCUCGUUUCAAAGCAACUGUAAACUUCAAUGGAGAGACUUUCGAGAGCCCAACAUUCUGCUCAACUCUAAGGCAAGCAGAACACGCUGCUGCUGAAGUAGCCCUUAACACGCUCGCUGAGAGAGGUCCAUCCCGUGCAUUGGCUGCCAAAAUUCUGGAUGAGACUGGAGUCUAUAAGAAUUUGCUUCAGGAGACUGCCCAUAGAGCUGGUUUAAACCUUCCCAUAUAUACAACUAUUCGUCUAGGACUACGCCAUGUACCUCUCUUUUCAUGCACAGUUGAGCUUGGCGGAAUGAGCUUCAUGGGGGAGCCAGCAAGAACAAAGAAACAGGCACAAAAGAACGCAGCAAUCACUGCUUGGGUUUCACUGAAACGCUUGGCUCAGCAGGACUCAUCUACUUCAGUUUCUGCAUUUUCCUCAUCAUCAGGAUCCAAAGAUUAUCAAGAACAAGACCAAGUUGUGAUUGCUCGUGCACUUGCAUCUUUGCUAUCAAAAUCUGCUGCAACAAGCAACUGCCUGGGUAAACUGCACAGUCCUAUACCUGUGUCCAGAGAUCUAAACCCACCAAGUCUGUAUCCUAUGCAUGCUGGACCUUGGGCAUACCCGAACUAUGCUCCAGGUUUUGCUGUUUACCAAAUGUGGCAGCAACAACAUUACUUACAAUUUCAGAGCCAUCCGUUGAGACUCCCUUCACCAACAUCACCUGCAUUGAUUCCUCAUAGCUAUGCCUAUUCUAUCAUUCAUCCGGAUCAUGGCCUGUAUCUUGCAGGGGUUGAGGAACCACAUUCAAGAAUUUCUAUUGCCUCUUCCGGCAUGUUUUUUAACUCACCUAUUAGAAACCAGUCCACAGUGACUAUUCAAGAGAUACACGAGGAGAAAGCGGAAGAAACAUCUGGAUCCUCUCUUUCAGUAUCAGUGUCAGAACACCCAGUUUCUCCUCAUCCCAGCGUGGGACAAACUCAUUCAAGAGGAUCAGUUAUUGUCGGAGACAACAAUCAGAAGGCUGUCGAGUCGGAGAACAAAGUGGAAAUCUAUGGAUCUAGUGGGAAAGAAUUUCAACAAGUGGAGCGGGUUUCAGUGGUUUCUGAUAGAAAUCUACGAUUGAAUUAUGCAAGACCACGUCACCAACCAAAGCCAAUUUCAUCCUCAGGUCCAAGUUUCAGGCCACAAUCAUUUUCCACAAUCUGCAGGACUCCACCUCAGAACUCACCAAGCUUUGCCUCUGCACCUGCAAGAAUGAAAACGGGCUCGCAUUCAUGUUCAGCUAUGUCUAGGCCAGAACGAAUAAACUUCGGGGUGGUUCAUCCAAAAUUUAGGGCACCACCUGUAAGAAUAAGAUCAGUUACACCGGUCUGUUCUGCUCCUCCGCCAAGACAAGUGUGCAGUUCAGACCAGGAUGAACCAUUGGCUGGAAUGGAGAAGAAAGAUCAUGUUUCGGGAACGAGUUCAGGGAUCGGUAAGCGACAAAUAUGAAUACUUGUAUACUCCAUACGCGUGCAUGUACAUCCAUGUUCAGCUUUGGAAAGGUGAAUCUUGUGGGAUCCAUAUGAGCUUCCAAUCACCAGUUGUGAGAGAGAUGAAUUACACCAAGGAAGCAUUUCGAGUUACAAGACUUCCGACAAGUGUGGAAUGAUGUCUCCAAGGUAAGCUCAAACUAUUGGUAUAUAUCAAGUAUCGUGUACGUAUAGGGAAACUAGAUGGUCUGAACAAUCAUGGAGGAAAUUCCAACCACUGCUUACUGAUAAUGAGUAGCUAAAAAUUAUGAAAUAUGUAUAAUAAGUUCGCUAAGUCUUGUCCUGUGUCAUGUGAGGCGUUAUAAAUAGGCUGCGGAUUUUUUCCUUGUA